AAGUCAAAAUCCAUAUUACAUUCAAUGCCUUUGGACGUGGAUAAUAGGCUUAUCGGAGUAUCUUAUAAUGAGCUUCUUAAAGCUACCAAUGGAUUCAACGAUUCUACCAAUUUGCUUGGUGUGGGAAGUUUUGGUUCUGUGUACAAGGGAAUUCUUCGUCGAGAUGAAUCAAGACCUGUUGCAGUUAAGGUUAUACACCUUCAACAAAGAGGUGCAACUAAGAGUUUCAUGGCUGAAUGUGAUGCCUUAAGGAAAAUUAGGCAUAGGAAUUUACUUAAGAUCGUAACUUGUUGUUCAAGUACUGAUUUCCAAGGUAAUCCUUUCAAAGCUCUAGUUUUUGAGUUCAUGGCUAAUGGCAGUCUAGAAAAUUGGUUGCACCCGGUUGAAGGUGAAGAUCAACUUGAACUAAAGAAUUUGAACAUGCAAAGAAGAUUGAGCAUUGCUGCCGAUGUUGCUUCUGCAUUGAAUUAUCUUCACCAUGAUUGUGCAUCACCCAUUGUCCAUUGUGAUCUGAAGCCAAGCAAUGUCCUGCUUGAUGAUGAUUUAAUUGCACAUGUAGGCGAUUUUGGCUUGGCUAAGUUUAUCAUCUCCAAUCCAUCUAGUAAUUCUCUACAGCUGAACGUGAAUGAACAAGAUGCAAGUUCCAUUGCAAUAAAAGGCUCCAUCGGCUAUGUUUCUCCUGAAUAUGGAACGGGUAGCGCUGUUUCUACACAAGGUGACGUAUAUAGUUACGGAAUUCUUUUGUUAGAGAUGUUUACAGGAAAAAGACCCACUGAUGUCAUGUUUAAGGAUGGUCUUAACAUUCAUAACUUCUGUAAGAUGAAUAUGUCGUCGGAACGUGUUGAGGAGAUUAUCGAUUCACGUUUGCUGUUGGAAUUAAGAGAAGACCAUAAUGAUACUGAAAUUAUGAAUCACGAUAUGUUGAGGAACGAAAGAAGAAACAUAAGUAGAGAAACAAUGAGACAAAUCAUGGCUUCCAUAAUUCAGAUUGGAGUUAAAUGUUCAUCCCAGUUACCUUCGGAUAGAAGCAGCAUGAAUGAGGUUACCGUGGAAGUUCAAGCUGUAAAAAAUCAGUUUCUUGGUGCUUAAAUUUAACAAAAUUAAAUUUAAGCAUAUAUAUAUCUACA